AUGGCCUUUCUGCUGCCGACCGAGCGCUGCGCGCUCGACCCGUUCGACGUGCCUGCCGCACCCGCCGCCGCCACGCCGCCUGUGCGACUUCGCGACGGGUGGGAGGAGUACGAAAGAGCGGCGGAGGAUGCAGCGGCGGCGGCGGCGGGCAGUGACUGCGCAAAGCGUGCUGCUGACGAGAGAGAGUCCAGCAGCGAUGGCGCCGCGAUACCCAAGCGGCUGCGGACUUUGCCGCCCGGAACGCUGGCCGCCCCCAAGGCGCCGGCUGAACAGGGAGACUUGGGCUCAGCGGCGGAUGGCAUCGCGGCGCUGAAGCCACAGCUUACUGCACCGCAUGCGAGUGACGAGGCGCUCGAGCGCGCGUGCGAGUCGGGCCUUCGCCUGCUCGUGGACUCGUGCUGCGUCUCGCCGCACCACGCCUCUCGCGCGCUCUUGCUGCUCGACCUCGCCUCGCUCCCAGAGGCGGCGGUGCUGGCGCUCUCGCGCGCCUUCGGCGAUGCGGGCUGCGCCGGCCACGCCGCCGCCGCCUUCAUCCGGCGCGGGCUGCUGCCGCGGUUCCAGGCGCUCGGUGGCCGGCCAGCGACCCGCGGACUCCUCGCCGCAGCGACGGGCCCUCUCCUCUCCAGCCACGCGGGCGCCCUCCUCGAGGCUCUCGUGCUUCCGCUCACUCUCACCACCGACGCUGCAGCCGGACCGCAGGCAGAGGCCCUCACGCGCAUCGCGAAGCAGCUGCCGCCUCCGACCCUGGCACGUCUCGAGGCGCUCGCCCUGAAGCCGCCCCUCUCGACGGAGGUUUUGGCGGCGCUCCUCUGCCGCGCAGACGCGAGUGCGGACGUGAUGGGUUCAUCGCUCAAGUUUGGCAACUUCGUCUUUACGCUCGUCCGGUCUUAUUUGCCACUGCUGGGCCCGCACGCCGCGGUCGCACGCAAGGUGGCGGCCUCCCUCACCACCUUCAUGGGCCGCAACACGCUCAAGCUCCUGGACAAGAUCUAG